UGUCCUGCAGAAGGCAACAAAGUGCUUCAAGAAGAACAUAACAACUUAAACAAGAGAAAAAAAUGGAGCAGGUGUGCGAAACCCAAGAAAAGAAAGUGGGGCGAAAGAAAGCAGGAGUGUGAAGACGGAUCACUGGUGAAAAAAGAAGCAAAGAAUGUAUCAUCAGAUCAGCCCGUCCUGCCUCGCAUUCCUCUUAGAAGUUUGGUGGAUGUAGAAAUGAAGUUAGUCUACGGAGACGAGCAGAACAUUGCACUCCAGUUCAUGAAGUCUCAAGCCUCUUCAGAUUCACAAUUAGUGUGUCAAACCACUGAAAUAGACUCUCAGAGUGGAUCUAAUCUCAGUCUUCUGCCUCAGAUUGACAAAUGGCUUCAAGUAGCCGUACAGGAUGCCAGCUCAUACUACAAGCAGAAGAAAUAUGUCAUAGCAGCAAGUCGGUUCACAAGAGCACUUGAGCUGUGCUCUAAAGGCCCAGUUCUGGAAACCCCCUUUGAGGCUGACUAUGAAGACGUCUCCAAGGUUGCCGGCUUCAUCGAAUCUAAACUUGUCAUCUGCUACUUGCGAAUGAAAAGACCUGACUUGGCUCUUAAUCAUUCCCACAGGAGUAUACACCUAAAUCCAGUCGAUUACCAGCAUCACCUUCGUCAGGCAACAGUGUUCAGAUUAUUGGCACGUUACUCUGAGGCUGCAAGGAGUGCCAUGAUUGCUGACUACAUGUACUGGCUGUCCGGAGGCAGUGAACAACAUAUAAGCAAGCUCAUCAAACUGUAUUGGCAGGCAAUGUUGGAAGAGGCCAUUACUAAGGCAAAUGCCUUCUCUGUCAUGUACACACCAUGUACUGUGAAGCCCACAGCGGACAGCAUUGAGAAACCCAAGAGCAUUUUCAGAAAACAGCAUCCUACAUAUACUGCAUACGUGUUCACAGAUCCUGCUGUUGUUCAUUGUUUGCCCCAAACUACAAACUGGGGUUUGCCUGUCUCUCAACAAUACAUGAUAACCCUUGGAUUCAAGAAGCAAGAAGACGGGAGCUUCUUGGAAAAACUCUUAACUAGAAAGUGUCCGACUUUUACAGGGAGUAAAGCACCAUUUUGCCCGCUUACAACAGAAGAAACUGAGAGGAGCAUUGAAACCUUAGGAAAACGGAUCCUGCCAGUAUUAGAUUUUAUUAAGUGCACAAAGUUAGCUGGGGGGUUCUGUGCAGGUUCAGGGAUAAUGGAGAAGCUGCUGUACGCUGGUUACCUCUGCCGAUUGCAGCGUGUGAAGGAGCAGUCCCAGGUGAUUAAUCAAGCUUUGGCUGAACUAGCAGUCAUCCCCUAUCUACAGGACAUCAGUCAGAAGGAGGCUGAACUGCUGCAUGCAUUAAUGGCAGACACCAUGGACACCCUUGAAGGAAGCCGGACUGAUAAAGAACGUGUUUGGAAUAAAAUGCAAACGGUUGGAUUAAUUGAAGAUCUUAUUUACCAAUCUGAAGAUGUCUUCCUAAGGAAUAAAGAACUACGGACUGCUAGAAAGCAGAGGGCUAAAGUGAAGAGAACUCAGAGUGUGAAGACCCAGCCGUCACUAGAGAAUGCACAGCAUUCCCAAGAUGUGUCCAAGAUGGCAGCGGGGACAUUAAUACACCCACUGCCUGACAGUCGGGACAACAAAGGCCUGUCUUCAAAUUAAUGAGGCGUCCCCUCACAAAGGCUCAUCUUUAGCAAGAAGCUCUCGCACAUCAUUAGUCUUAGCUGGCAGAAAUAAAUGAACUUCGGGAGCUUGGCUUCAUUCUUAUUUAGAUUUUUUUUCCAUGUUUACUUUAAGAUACAUUGUCUCCCUUUCUGUGCCCCAGUUGAAAAAAAGCUGGAGUAAUUCAAUUGGACAUAUUAUGUAGUUUAUUUAUCAGAUGUAAAUGUAUUCCUCUUUUACAAAGCAUUGCAGUUUGCUAACUCAGGUCUGCAACCCCGUUCACAUUUGCGUUUUUAAGGCUCCUUUGCGCGUUCAUAUAUGUGACUGAAAAGCAGGCCUAAAAUGUGGCAAACUGCUUUUUUUUAUGGAAUGACAGCCUGCACUCGGAACGGAAGAGCUACCAGGAUAUACAGUAAUCCUUUUGUAGCAGAUGUUUCAAUGCAGCACAGUAGCAAUUUUAUGGUCCAAGCUUACCCCCCCAACAAUCACAUUAUUCUAUUAAGAACACAGAGGUAUUUAGAACGCGGGAAACAGCAACUUGCUAGUGUUGACAGGUAUAAAUAUUUAUUUUCAUAAUGGAUACUUCACUCAGCUUGCAAAUGACUAUCAGGUUGUACACAAUGACUGACAUUCACAAGACAAACUCAUAACUGACCACCUAAUAGUACUACUGCUCCCUCCUAAGGAGAGACACAGCAUUAAAUAAUGUUAAAUACAUUACACAUGUUCUUCUCAUUUAUACGUAUUUUUUUAACCUGCAUGAAUACCGUCUUUAUUUAUAAACACGAUUGUUAAACUAUUCUGUCGUUUACUUGUUAUUAUUAUCAUUGUUAUUAUUAUUCUCUAGUCACUAACCAUUACCAGUAAAGACUGAACGUUAGCAUUACCCUUCUCUUGGAAGAUUACCGAACAUAUAUAACAAUAUAAUAUAACAAAACCCU